AUCGAAAUUUUGAAUGAUUAGAGUGUCUUUUCUUAAUUUGCGGCCUUUCCCCAUAAAUUUUAAAAAAUAUAUAUUGAUUUUUUUCAUUCCGUGUGCGGUGUGCCCCUUGCGGCUCUUCCAAGGUUUCCUGUAAGCAAAAUACUAGGUGCUCCAAUGUCUAGAGUACAGUUUUUUGCCUUCUCCUCUUCUAUAUCUGUUGCAAUCCACACUUUCUUCUGACAAUUCUUUUGAAACCUCGCAUUAGUAAUCAACCCAUUUAAUGGAAUCCAUUCAAAUCAGUAUAUCAGCUGUUCUUUCCUGGAUCCCUUUACACUGUUCAUCUACUCCUGUAAAUAGAGCCUCCCAGCUUCCAAAUUGAUGCAAGAAUCGUUUUAUUCUGAUAUUCCUGCAUAUUACCUUUUGAGUUGAAAUUGAAGAAAGAAAGAAAGAAGAAAUUUUUAUUUUUAUUUUUAUUUUUUGAGUUAUGGAAGAAAGACAUGUUCUGUUUGACAAGUACGAGAUGGGCAGGUUGUUGGGGAAGGGGACUUUUGCCAAGGUCUACUAUGGCAAGAACAUGGCAACUGGAGAAAGCGUAGCAAUCAAAGUAAUCAAUAAAGAUCAAGUCAAAAAGGAAGGGAUGAUGGAGCAGAUCAAGCGAGAAAUCUCCGUUAUGCGACUAGUUCGACACCCAAAUAUAGUGGAGCUUAAAGAAGUGUUGGCUACAAAAACCAAGAUCUUCUUUGUUAUGGAGUAUGUCCGCGGCGGCGAGCUCUUCGCUAAGGUAGCAAAAGGGAGGCUCAAAGAAGAUGCCGCUCGCAAGUACUUUCAACAGCUAAUCAGUGCGGUCGAUUUCUGCCAUAGCAGAGGCGUUUCUCACCGAGACUUGAAGCCAGAGAAUCUGUUAUUAGAUGAAAAUGGAGAUCUCAAAAUCUCUGAUUUUGGGCUAUCAGCCUUGCCGGAACAAUUACUCAACGAUGGGCUCCUCCAUACGCAGUGCGGGACUCCAGCGUAUGUGGCGCCGGAGGUUCUGAGAAAGAAGGGAUACGACGGAUCCAAAGCCGAUAUAUGGUCAUGUGGGGUAAUCCUUUAUGUUCUCCUGGCUGGAUUCUUGCCAUUUCAAGAUGAGAAUGUCAUGAAGAUGUAUAGAAAAAUUUUCAAAGCAGAAUUUGAAUGUCCGCCAUGGUUUUCCACCGAAGCUAAGCGCUUGAUUUCCAGACUUCUGGUUGCUGACCCAGAAAGAAGAAUCACCAUACCAGCGAUAAUGCGAGUUCCCUGGUUUCGAAAGGGAUUUACAAGACCAUUAGCUUUCUCCGUCAGAGAAAUAUCAAACCCAGAUAAAACAGAAGAGGAAGACGAAUCUUUAUCUGCAGUGAUGACUAAAGUUUCCUCCCCAAAAUUCUUUAACGCUUUCGAGUUCAUUUCCUCGAUGUCUUCUGGGUUUGAUUUGUCGAGUCUAUUCGAGAACAAGAGGAAAACAGGGUCUAUGUUCACCUCCAAAUUCUCGGCAAAUGCAAUCAUGAACAAGAUUGAAGGGAUUGCAAACGGGUUGAAUUAUAAGGUAGCAAAGGUCAAAGAUUUCAAAAUGAGAUUGCAAAGCCCGUCGGAGGGAAGGAAAGGGCGGCUAUCUGUCACAGCCGAGGUGUUCGAGGUAGCUCCAGAGGUCGCCGUCGUGGAAUUUUCCAAGUCGGCCGGCGAUACUUUGGAGUAUGCCAAGUUCUGCGACGAAGAUGUUAGGCCUGCAUUGAAAGACAUUGUCUGGACAUGGCAAGGCGACACCGUUUGUAAUAGCAACGCUGGCGGGGGAGACUCUGACAAUCAAACGUCAUUGUAGAAAGGUUUAUACUAAUUGUAAUUAUAAUUAAAAUUAGGGUUUUUACUUUUUAUUUUUUUUCCCCUCAAUUUGGCUUGACAUUUUCCUUUUUGGGCCUGCGGAGUGAAGAUAGGUUUUUGGUUUUUGACAUGUGAUCUGUAAAUAAGCUGUGAUUAGCAAGUUAAUGUAUGGAUUUGGAUA